CGAUUGCUGUGCUGCAUCGGUCACACUGUUGCGCGUUGCCUUUUGUUGCCGGCGAAUUUUUUAACUUUGUUUAGCUCUUUAUUUCGGUCUUUUUAGCACCAUGUCACAGGCCACAAACGAUGUACGCGUGCCGGACGAAGAAAGCGAUCUUCUGCAGAUCAAGCCACUUGGAGCUGGCCAGGAAGUGGGACGCUCCUGCAUAAUGCUGGAGUUCAAAGGCAAAAAGAUCAUGCUCGACUGCGGCAUACACCCGGGACUGUCCGGCAUGGAUGCCCUGCCUUAUGUGGAUCUCAUAGAGGCGGACGAGAUCGACCUGCUGUUCAUUUCACACUUCCACUUGGACCACUGCGGCGCCCUGCCCUGGUUCCUGAUGAAGACCAGCUUCAAGGGUCGCUGCUUCAUGACCCAUGCCACCAAGGCCAUCUACCGCUGGAUGUUGUCCGACUACAUCAAGAUCAGCAAUAUAUCCACCGAACAGAUGCUAUACACGGAGGCGGACUUGGAGGCCUCCAUGGAGAAGAUCGAGACAAUCAACUUUCACGAGGAGCGGGACGUAAUGGGCGUCCGUUUUUGCGCCUAUAAUGCUGGUCAUGUCCUGGGAGCUGCCAUGUUCAUGAUCGAAAUUGCUGGCAUUAAGAUCCUGUACACAGGAGACUUCUCGCGACAGGAGGAUCGCCAUUUAAUGGCCGCAGAAGUGCCGCCCAUGAAGCCAGACGUACUGAUCACAGAGUCCACCUACGGCACUCACAUCCACGAGAAGCGCGAGGAUCGGGAGAACCGCUUUACCUCCCUGGUGCAAAAGACAGUGCAGCAGGGCGGCCGGUGCCUGAUUCCUGUCUUCGCGUUGGGUCGUGCCCAGGAGCUGCUGCUCAUCCUGGAUGAGUUCUGGUCUCAAAACCCAGAGCUGCACGAGAUUCCCAUCUACUACGCCUCCUCGCUGGCCAAGAAGUGCAUGGCUGUCUACCAGACCUACAUCAAUGCCAUGAACGAUCGCAUUCGCCGGCAGAUAGCUGUAAACAAUCCGUUCGUUUUCAGGCAUAUCUCCAACUUGAAGGGCAUUGAUCACUUCGAGGACAUCGGUCCCUGUGUCAUUAUGGCCUCGCCUGGUAUGAUGCAGUCGGGAUUGUCGCGCGAGCUCUUCGAGAGCUGGUGCACGGAUCCCAAGAACGGAGUCAUCAUCGCUGGCUACUGUGUGGAAGGAACUCUGGCCAAGACCAUACUGUCCGAGCCGGAGGAGAUCACAACGCUGUCGGGACAGAAGCUGCCGCUCAACAUGUCCGUGGACUAUAUCUCAUUUUCGGCUCACACGGACUACCAGCAGACCAGCGAGUUCAUCCGCUUGCUCAAGCCCACACAUGUUGUGCUCGUCCAUGGCGAGCAGAACGAGAUGUCGCGCCUGAAGUUGGCCCUGCAACGGGAAUACGAGGCGGAUGCCAGCACCGACAUCAAGUUCUACAAUCCGCGCAACACACACGCCGUCGAUCUUUACUUCCGGGGCGAGAAGACCGCCAAGGUGAUGGGCAACCUAGCUGCCAAGAAUCCCGAAGUGGGCAGCAAGCUGUCCGGUGUACUGGUUAAGCGAGACUUUAAGUACCAUUUGCUGGCUCCCUCCGAUCUGGGCAAAUACACGGACAUGAGCAUGUCGGUGGUCACCCAGCGCCAGUCGAUCCCCUGGGGCAGCUCCCUGGCCACCCUGGAGAUUCUUUUGGAUCGAAUCGGAGCCGGAUGCGUGGAAACAGUGGAGGCAGAUCGCAAGUUGCGUGUCUUUGGCUGCAUCGAGCUGACUGUGGAGCAGAAGAUCAUAGUCAUGGAGUGGCAGGCGACGCAUGUGAACGAUGUCUACGCGGACGCUGUCCUCGCCUGCAUCAUGCAAUCGGAACUCGGCGGCACGAACCUUAAGGGGGCCACCAAGCAGACCAAGUCGGAGGACUCAAUGUUCCGGGACUGCCUAAUCGAGACCCUGCAGGAUACCUUCGGCGACACCUGUGUGCCCAAGAUGUUCAAGGGCGAUUUGCUGCCGGUGACGGUGAGCGGCAAGCGGGCUGAGAUCAAUCUGGAAACUUUGGCUGUUCAUUGCGCCGAGGACGACGUACUACGGCAAAUGCUUAACACAACCGUGCAGAAGCUGCACCAGACCCUCGUCUCCGCCCACUGAUUGCGCCAUUCCAAAAAUAUACCUGCUGAUGUGAA